AUGACAACAAAACAGGAGAAGUGUUACAAUCCGAAUGACCCAACAGUUAAGUUUGUUGAUAAAGAGGAUGAUUUGGACUUUUUGUGUGAAGGCUUCAAAUCUCUCAGAGCUCAGAUGUCCUGUGGUCACGCUGUGACUCCGACCUCUCUCACCAACUGGUGUCGCAGGUUGUUGGGCCAGGGUGAAAGCAGAUUUGUGUGUGGCGGGUCUGGUUGCAGUGCUGAGUGGACUUUUGCAGAGGUUUGGAAAAUGGCUCUGCUGGACCCUGAAGAAACUGAGAAUUUCCGAAGAACUUUGACAUUCAAGGCUGCCAGGCAGACACUUAUUACCAAAGUUUGUCCUGGAUGCAGAUCCACUGUGGUGAGAGAGAAUGGAUCAGAUUUGAAUGUCCUCUGUAAAGUGUGCACAGCAGUAAAAGGACGACUGUUUGAAUUCUGCUGGCAGUGUUUGAGGGAGUGGAAGGGUGCACGGCCUCGGAAAGACCGCUGCGAAAAUGAUGGCUGCUGCAACGAGUCACUAACAACACUACAGACCUGCCCAGAUAUCACAUUUGAUUCUGUGAGGGGAGUCCGCGGGUAUCCCUCUCUCCGUGCCUGUCCCACCUGUGGCUUCCUGGUAGAGCACAGCAAGAAGCAUUGUAAAUUUGUUGUUUGUCCUCGAUGUAAGGUUGAGUUUUGUUUUGUGUGCCUGAAGAGCUAUACUAACUGUAUUAAAACCAGUGACUACUUUAGACCAUGUUCCAUUGGUGUAGCUCCCAGACAGACAUCUGUACCUGUAUAG